CAGCUUUUCCAAUUCAAAAUAUGAUUAUUUACCCAGUUUUCUCAAGACAAAAUCCCAUUAUUACCUUCCAAAUUCAUUCCUACUUCCCAUCCUUAAUCUGCAUAGAAGGCAGAGCAUAUCAUCUCUGAUGCUCCACUUCACCGAUCUCUCUCUGUUGUCACUUCACAGUUCACAGCAAAACCAACAUUCUUAAUUUUCAUUGAUGGAGUUGGCCUAUUCCAUUGCUGCAAGCGUUAUUGACAAGAUAGGUUCCCUUGCUUACCAAGAGAUUUGUUCUGCAUGGGUCAUUUCCAGCGAUCUGAAAAAGCUGGAGCUCACCAUGUCCACGAUCCAAGCCCUGCUGUUGGACGCCGAGGAGAAGCAAGUGAAAAACCGAGUUCUAAGUGUUUGGUUGGGGCAACUCAAAGAUGUCUUUCAUGAUGCGAUGGAUGUGUUGGAUGAAUUCGAGUGUGAAGCUCUUCGGAGGCAAGUGGUGAAAAUGCAUGGAAGCACUCGUGAAAAGGUACUUGACUCCGUUUCUUAUUCUUUUUUUAACCUGCUUGGCUUCAGUUAUAAGAUGAGUCAGAAAAUCAAGGGCGUAAGAGAGAGUUUAGAAGAGUUAGCAAAGGAUAGAGCUCAAUUUCAUCUUGAGGAGCGAUUUGAAGAUCAGCGUAUUGGGGACAGGAAGAGAGAGAUGACCCACUCCUUUGUUCGUGAUUGUGAUGUUAUUGGGAGGGAUGAUGACAAGCAAAAGAUAAUAGAUCUUUUGAUGCACCCAGGUGACAAUUGUAAUGUUUCUGUGAUUUCUAUAGUGGGAAUCGGAGGUCUAGGCAAGACCACACUGGCUCAGUGGGUGUAUAAUGAUAAAAGGAUAGCUAAACAUUUUGACUCUAGAAUAUGGGUGUGUGUGUCAGAAGACUUUAAUGUUUUAACAUUAGCAAAACAAAUCCUUAAAUCUACAGGUGGUGGAAUUAAAAAGAACAUGAGUAUGGAUGAAGUUCAAGUUACUUUACGAAGUAUUUUAAAGAAGAAAAGAUUUUUCAUUGUUUUGGAUGAUGUCUGGAAUGAGAAUCGUAACAAAUGAUUUAGUCUGAAGAAUUUGUUAACAGAAGGUGGCCAAGGAAGUAAAAUUCUUGUCACUACUCGUAGUCACAAAGUUGCCUCAACGAUGGCUCCUGGACCAAUCCAUGACAUAGAAGGUCUUGCAGAGAAUGAUUGUCUGUCAUUGUUUUUAAGGUGGGCAUUUAAUGAAGGGGAGGAGAAACAAUAUCCAAAUCUUAUAAAGAUUGGAAAAAAAAUUGCAAAAAAAUGCAGAGGUGUUCCUUUGGCUAUGAAGACUCUAGGGGGCUUACUUUAUUCUAAAACCGAGGAGCGUGAUUGGAUUUCAAUAAGGGAUAAUGAGAUAUGGAAACUAGAGCAAAAGGAUGACGACAUUUUACCUGCGCUAAGAUUGAGUUACAAUCGAUUGCCAUCAUACUUGAAACAAUGUUUUGCUCAUUGCUCAUUAUAUCCAAAGGAUUUUAGAUAUAGUAAUUUGGACUUAAUCCAGUCUUGGAUGGCAAAUGGACUCCUCCAAAAAUCCAACAAAAGUGCUGAAGAGUUGGAAGAUAUUGGAGAACAAUAUAUAAAAGAUUUUUUAUCAAGAUCUCUCUUUCAAGAAUUCAAAGAUGUUGGUACU